CGUUACACUUUGUUCGAGUAAAGUGAUCUUACAAAUUCUAGAUAAACAUAAUAUACAUGCGUGUUAUUUCGGCGAGUCGACCAUACAGGAAUUUGUUAUUUUGAUAAGGGAAAGACUUUUGAGGUGACAGUUUCUUAUAAUGAGAAAGUAGCCAUUGGAAAGAACGCAUCAGGCAGUCGCAUGAGGGUAGUGGUUCAGAUAAACCCGACUGAUCAACGUUUAACAAGAUGAGAGAUGUUCAUGAUAAUCUGGAUGGCAUUGAGUCCCUUCCUGAUGCCAAAAAUGUCAUGGAGACACCUGUGUUCUACAACAACACGUCAGGAAACUACGAACUCCCAAUCAACAUGCGUUUCAAUGAUGGGCACAAACUUUCAAUAAUAGUGUAUAGUUGUCUGUUCGUGUUUUCUUCUAUCGCGAAUAUAACUGUUCUAGUGCUGUUGGCGAGAAGGAGAAGAAAGAACCCUUCCAGAAUAAACACUAUGCUGAUACAUUUGGCGAUCGCGGACUUACUGGUUACGUUUCUCAUGAUGCCUUUAGAGAUUGCUUGGUCCAUAACUGUCAUGUGGACAGCAGGAGAUGCCAUGUGCAGGAUAAUGUCCUUCUUCAGAAUGUUUGGACUGUACUUGUCAAGUUUCAUUCUUGUUUGCAUCAGUAUCGAUAGAUAUUACGCUGUAUUGAAGCCGCUCCUUCUUGCUGCUUUGGAUCGAAGAGGCAGAGUCCUCAUUAUAGGAGCAUGGUUAGGGGCUGUAUUGUGCAGUAUUCCACAGGCCGUUGUUUUCCACGUCGAAACGCACCCUCAUGUGAAAUGGUAUACACAGUGUGUGACGUUCAACUCAUUUCCAUCCCACACCAUAGAAAUCUGUUAUGCAGUUUUUGGAAUGGUGAUGAUGUACGCAUUUCCGCUUGUCAUUAUUAUUUAUUCUUACGCAGCCAUUCUGAUGGAAAUUUGCAGAAGAACAAGAAAUCCCACUGGAGAUAGUAUAACUAGAUCGAGCUUGCCGUUCCUGAGUAAAGCAAAAAUUAGGACACUGAAAAUGACUAUUAUUAUAGUUUGUGUCUUUUUCAUCUGUUGGACUCCAUAUUACAUCAUGUGUUUAUGGUAUUGGAUCGAUAAUAAGUCAGCUGAACAAGUCGACGAACGUAUUCAGAAGUGCCUGUUUCUUUUCGCCUGUACCAAUUCAUGCAUGAAUCCCUUGGUUUAUGGAGCAUUCAACAUUAGAGUACUGAGAAAGGCAGUUAGAAGAGAGGCUCCGGUAGUUUUAUCAGACAGAAGCAGUAUAAGGGAAAGACCGGAAGUUAUCUGUCUUGUGUCAUGGCGGAAACCACGUAAUGACAGCAACGACAUAACCAUCACCGAACGUAGUUCCUGUUCAAGCUGUAACAAUAUCUACCUGCCAAAUCCAACCAACAGAAAAUGACAAAGAAACGUUUGUAUUUUUCAGUAUUCGACUGGGAAUAGGAAUUUUCCUGGGCAUUUUGUGUGAGGAUACGAAGUGCCAGAAACCAUCAAAGGUCUACUUCUUGGACUGGCAACUUUCCGGUUAUGGCAGUCCAAUCCAAGAUCUCUCUUAUUUCUUCUACUCGUGCAGCUCCAAACUGGUCCUUGACACCCACAACA